AAAAAUCACAAUAUAGAAAAAUCGGAGAAAUGCUUUCACUUUUAUUUUUUGGUUGAGUGAUUGCAGAAGCUCUGCCUAGAGAGAGAGAGAGAGAGAGAGAGAGAGAAAAGGGAGAGUCAAGAAAGUCUUCUCCUUCACACCUCUUUAAUACGAUGGUGGAAGAAUCUUGCCUUUGACAACUCAUUCACAGCCCUCUCUUCUUAAAGGAAGGGUUGACUAGACUCUCGCGAGGAGGAAAAAAAAUUAGGGUUUUAUUUGGUCUUGUUUAACUUUAAGACAUGGAGGAGAUAGAAGGAACCAACAGAGCAGCUGUGGAGAGCUGUCAUAGAGUUCUUAACCUCUUAUCCAGCAGACCACAUCAACAAGAUCAUCUGUACGACAUGAGUUUAUUGUCUGAAACUAGAGAAGCUGUGUUUAGGUUCAAGAGAGUAGCCAAUCUGUUAAGCAGCAGCAGUGUGGGUCAUGCCAGGUUUAGAAGAGCUAAGAGACCUCAGACCCAUUUGUCUCAAACCAUCUUCCUUGAUCCUUGUCUCCAAAGAACAGAACUUACUUCAUCUCAGAAACCACCGGUGGUGCUCCGGUCUGAUUUGAGCUUGGGACCCGUUGAUUCCCUCACUUUAGGGACCCGGUCUUUCGGUUUGAACUCAAAUGCAAAAGCCCCUCUCCUCCAGCUUAACCAGCAGCAACAACAGCAGUUACAUGAACGGUUACAGGCUCAUCAGCAGCAUCAGCAGAGGCAUCAAGCUGAGAUGAUGCUUAGGAAGUGCAACAGCGGGAUGAGUUUGAGCUUCGAUAACUCGAGCUGUACAACUCCAACAAUGUCAUCCACUAGGUCCUUUAUUUCAUCGCUUAGCAUAGACGGUAGCGUAAACAACUCCUCCUCCUCCUUCCAUUUGUUGGGAGCUCCGAGUUCAACGGAUCAGAGUUCACAAUACUCUAAGAGGAAAUGCCUCAUGAGAGGUGCUGAUGAACAUGGUAGCGCUAAAUGCGGGAGAUCUAGCAGAUGCCACUGCUCUAAGAAGAGGAAACAUCGGGUUAGGAGAUCGAUUAGAGUGCCUGCUAUAAGUAACAAGGUUGCAGAUAUCCCUCCUGAUGAUUAUUCGUGGCGAAAGUAUGGUCAGAAACCCAUCAAGGGCUCUCCUUAUCCCAGGGGAUACUACAAAUGCAGUAGCAUAAGAGGUUGUCCAGCGAGGAAGCACGUUGAGAGAUGUUUGGAAGAUCCAGCAAUGCUUAUUGUUACUUAUGAAGCAGAGCAUAACCACCCCAAAAUGCCAUCUCAAACCGUGACAACUUAACUUUCAUUUUAUCAUGUGUGUUUGCUCCAAUAUUGUGAGAUAUAUGAUGGGAGCAGUGCUUUUGUUGGGGUGGAUUUGCUUUGUGAUAAGAGUUUACUGCAGUUGUUGGUUUUGGGUUAAAUGGGUAAGUGUAGGAGACCUUGUCAAGACUGUUUUGUUUCUCAAGUGUAUUGCUCUUUAUCUCAGUUUGGCAAUACACAACCAAAACAAUGAAGACUCGACCCAAA